UCCCCUUUCUUCCCCAAAUCAAAUUCCAAUCCCUAAAUUUCGAAACUUUACCUUCACGACAGUCGCCGAGUGAGAUAGACAGAGAGAGAGAGAGAGAGGAAGAUGGCGCUGCAAGAUGAGCAAGAGCACGAGGUGUACGGUGGAGACAUCCCAGAGGAGGACGAAGGCGAGAUGGAGACUGACGAGUAUCAAGAACACGCCGGAGAAGAAGAAGGCGCCGCCGCUGCCGAAGACGAGGAGCCAGGCUCUGCCUCUAGGGAUUUAGAGGACAUGAAGAAACGAAUUAAGGAGAUCGAGGAAGAGGCUAGUGCUUUGCGUGAGAUGCAAGCCAAAGCUGAGAACGAUAUGGCUGCUGCUCAAGAUCCAUCAAGUGCUAUUAGUGCGGCUGAGAAAGAGGAAGUGGAUUUGCGUUCAAUAUAUGUUGGCAAUGUGGACUACGCAUGUACUCCAGAGGAAGUCCAGCAGCAUUUUCAAUCGUGUGGGACAGUCAAUAGGGUUACGAUUCUGACAGAUAAGUUUGGCCAGCCCAAAGGUUUUGCCUACGUGGAGUUCGUGGAAGAAGAAGCCGUUCAGAAUUCUCUUGUUUUGAACGAGACAGAACUGCAUGGUCGUCAGAUAAAGGUAUCUGCAAAGAGGACUAACGUCCCCGGAAUGAGACAGUUCCGAGGAAGGCGCCCCUUUAGACCCAUGAGGGGGUUCAUGCCCGGACCUCCAUUUUAUCCUCCAUAUGCUUAUGGGAGAGUUCCCAGGUUCAGAAGGCCGAUGCGCUACAGACCAUACUGAUUGAAGCAAAUUGAUGUUGAAAAGGGUAGCAGCUUCCUUUUGUCUGAGGAAGGCUAUUAUCAUCAACCCGGUUCAUCAGUGCGCAAAGUUAGUUCUCGCUUAAACAGAGUGGGUUGAAGAACUUUAUGGAAGAGAGUGAGGCAAAAGGAGGGAAGAACUAUGUUUUUAGAUUUUCUGUAACAAUAUUUGAUGAGAGAAGAGCAAAUAUUUUGGGUUCUUUUCUUUUUUAUUUGUCAUAUCUUUUUAUUGAGAAUGACCUUCACAUUAUUGAAAACUUACAAAAGUUGCGAUUUUUAU